AUGGCUUACGCUGAACAUAUGCCAAAGAAAGAAUUGCCUGAAAUCUCGGUACUACCACUUCAUCAGGGGAAACCUCGAUUUCUUCCGGAAAAGAACAAGGCAGUUUCCAGUCCUACCGACAGUCUUAUGAGUCCCUGCACGGCAAAGCUGCAGGCUCAUAGACAAAAGUACUACAAAAAAAGCAAACCUGUUUUGACGUCUUUGAUGCAGACACUAUUAGACGCCAGGGAUAACGUAUAA